AUGGAAAAUGAAGAAGAUAAAGAUAUGGUUAUGUUGCAUUUAGUCAGAAGAAACAACAAAAGCUUUUACGACCUUGCUAAGAUUUACAAAUCUGACAGAAAUUGGUUCUAUCGCGAAAACUUACCGAUUUCAAUGACUCCAAAUGAAGAUGUGAAACAAAUAGUUCAAGAUACGUUACCUCAAACACACUAUGAUAUUAAAGGUUGUACAAUUCUUACCUUCAAAGAAGAUUUGCCAUUGUUAAAGGAAAAAAUAACAGAGUAUUUUGACAACUUCAAACAAGCAGAGUAA